UAUAGAUCUCUUAUCUCUAUACACUUAUAAAUUAUACCACAAUGGUCGCCCAAGUUCAAAAGCCAGCUCCAAAGUUCACCAAGACCGCCGUCGUUGACGGUUUGUUCGAGGAGGUUUCCCUUGACAAAUACCUUGCCGAGGGUAAGUGGGUUGUUUUGGCCUUCAUCCCAUUGGCUUUCACCUUUGUCUGUCCAACUGAGAUCAUUGCCUACUCCGAGGCUGCUAAGAAGUUUGCUGAGAAGGGUGCUCAAAUCUUGUUUGCUUCUACCGACUCUGAGUACUCCCUCUUGGCCUGGACCAACGUUGCCAGAAAGGAUGGUGGUUUGGGUCCAGUCGACAUCCCAUUGGUUGCCGACACCAACCACUCCCUUUCUAAGGACUACGGUGUCUUGAUCGAGGAAGCUGGUGUUGCCUUGAGAGGUAUCUUCAUCAUCGAUCCAAAGGGUAACGUUAGACAAUCCACCAUCAACGAUUUGCCAGUCGGUAGAAACGUUGAGGAGACCUACAGAUUGUUGGAGGCCUUCCAAUGGACCGAGGAGAACGGUGAGGUUUUGCCAUGUAACUGGACUCCAGGUCAGUUGACCAUCAAGCCAGAGGUUGAGGCUUCCAAGCAAUACUUCGAGGAGGCCAACAAGUAAACUCAAUUGCUUUAUCUUCUAUAAAAUCUAUACAGUGGAAUUGAGAAUACGUUUUCGCUUGAUGUGAAAUAAUCAAUCUUGUAGCCUACUCAAUUGCGUUUUAUAUACCUCUGCGGUUAAACUAUGUCAGCGUUGAAUUGGUUCGAUGUGACGGGGACCUGAGAACGCACUUAAUUCCGUUUUGGGUUACUUUUUCCGAUCAUUUAGGCCAGAAACAGAAAACACCGUUACCCGGCCCUUUCACAAUUGCUUACAUAAUAUCAUGGCCCGUAACGUAUCGGAAGCACACACAAACUGCCUAAUACUCUCGAUACACGCAAACAAGAUCAACCAUUAAGA